AUGAAUGUGAUGAGAUUCCAGGUGACAAUUGAGAUUACUUUAAUUGUCAAAACGAAAAGCUUCUUGAAGAUCAAAACACCACAAAGAAGUGAAGAGCAAACGAUCGUCUUAAGAAAUUGUCAUCUCUUUAAGAAGAAAAUUGUUUACUUUUCUCAUUAUUUGCAUCUUGAGUGUCCUCUUCAAGCGGAUCUUCUUGUUCUUCUCAUGCUCUCCAUAUCUUCUAAUAACAUUUAA